UUCAGUUGAUUGUGUGCGGUCAGCCACCUGAAGAGCAAGAUCACAAGCAGUCCUCCUUUUCGGUGAAAUCCUUUGCGCGAGGUAAAAAAAUUAGUGAAAAAUAAUCUGCUGUUAGCGCAGAUAUUUGCGUUGAGCGCAAUGCAUAAUGCAAACUCUUGGACUUUGUCUCUACUAGUGCCUCACUCGUGGAACACGUGGGGCACAUCACUGAUUUUCCACGACUCACACGCGACGGACUUAGCCGAAAAGGAGGAACUACUCAAAACUUAUCAUCAUUGUGGUUAAGGUAUGAGUACUAGCCCAAAAGCAAGAACAUUUUUCGUGGCUCUGCGCAUUUCUAACCCUCAGAUAUAUGACUGUAUCAAGAAAAUCCAAGAUUCCAUCGCCGCACACGAUCAGAAUCUAAAAGGACGUCCCUUGGCGAAAUUGCACGUUACCCUAAUGUUCAUGUAUCUUGAAGGUGCAGAGGAAAUUGCCAAAGCAGAAAGAAUACUGCUGAAUCAAUGCAAGACAGCAUUGGAACCCAUGUUUUCCAAAAGGCCCACGACGCUUAGGUUUAAGGGCCUUGACCACUUUUCAGAUGCACAUCCCCCGGUAAUCUACGCAAAUCUUGAACAAGAGGGAAGAGACUUUUUGAAAUUAGUUAAUAAAACUGUGAGUGAAAUUUUCACUAAAGAAGGCAUCCCUCCCAAAGAUUCACCAGAGUUCAUUCCUCACAUGACUGUUAUGAAAUCAAAAAGGUAUAAUGGAGAAAUCUCCAACGAGAGCUACAAAAGCUUUGUCGAAUGUUGUAUGGGAGAACAACCAUUGACAAAGCUAACUUUGCACCUAUGUCCAGCAAAUGGUGAGACAGAAGCAGAUGGGUUUUACAAGAGUAUGGCAACAAUGACCCUUGGUGACCCAGAUGAAACAUAUUCCAGUUGAAUAGGAAAAUAUAAGAACAAAGGGAUGAGAACGCAUCAACUCACAUCACACUAACCUUGGCUAGAGAACAACAUGCUGGUCAUGUCUGCGAUAGGAUGCUCUAGAAUAGUCCAAAAAAUAAUGGGAUUCCUUCAGUAAUGCGAAAAUUCGUAUUUUUAGUUAUAAAUCCUUGUAAUUUUAUCUUUAAUCUUAAUGAUGGCAUUAAAUUAGGAAGUUCAUUAGUCGUUAAAUUUUAAGCAUUUAGUCAGUAAUUUUUACAUCGAAUUUUUAACUGCAAAAAUGCUCAUGUAUGCUUUGGUCUGUUUUUUUUUUAAAUGUAAAUAUGGUGCCUGAAAAAGCAUCACUUAAGCUUGUUGAGAGACAAAAUGGUUUGCCAAAUCCUUAAAAGUUCUUUUCUUGAUUUUUCUCAUUUCACCACCUGUCAAUCACCUGUUGGUUACCUGUCUGGUCUGUUGAUUUAGCUGGAUAGGUUUUAAAUAACUUUGAGAGUUUAAAAUGUUUUUUUUUCAUUAAAUAAUAUUGUAAAAAGUAGGUUAGAUAUCCUUCUCUUUCAUAUUGUAAAGCACCGAAAGGCUUGUGAUAAGUGCUAUGUAAAUUUUACAUAUUGCUAUAUAUGUGAUUUUUGUUAUAUAACACUUUUUUGACCAUUUAACCCUUGGACUGACUAGCAUCUAAUUUCCUUUUAAAACAUCACUCCUGAAUCAAAAUUUAAGGUCAGAAGAAUAUAGAAAAUAAUCACGAACCAAAGAAGCUCUUGAUUGUUAAACAAAUUCUCCUUAUCAGCACCAUAGGAAAUGUAUAGAGAACAGUAUGGAGAAUAUGCAUGCAGAUGUUAGGAUGUAAAGGGUAAGACUGUGCACGAACAGGAAGCAUAACACAUCAAAGAGUUCACACCAAACUGUUUUUUUCCCAAUAACAAACUGAUUCUGUGUAAUCACAUUUCCUUGUAGAACCAAUAAAUGUCCAAGAGAAAAAGGAAGAUUACCACUGA